AUAAAUCAUAAUCUUUCUGAGUGCUGAUAUUUAAAUCUUCUUCUUGAUCAUGCCAAGAUAAAACCUACGUUUCAGAAUCUUACGAGAUCAGCUACAAGACAGGAAUCAUGGCUGGCCACAAAAACAUUCACGUAGCUAUGUAUCCAUGGUUCGCUUUUGGCCACCUUACCUCAUUUCUCCAUCUCGCCAACAAGCUCGCUCAGAGAGGCCACAGAAUCUCUUUCUUCCUUCCACAGAAAACCAAACCCAAGUUUGAGCCUUUCAAUCAUCACCCAGAUCUCAUCACCUUCAUUCCUGUCAAUGUUCCGGAGGUUGAUGGCCUCCCUCCAGGCGCUGAGACAACAAACGAUGUCAAUUUCUCUUUGCAUUCUCUUCUAAUGACUGCCAUGGAUCUCACGAAGCCUGUCAUCGAAGAAUAUCUCCAGGAUCUCAAACCCCAUUUCGUUUUCUUUGAUUUCACUUAUUGGUUGCCGGAAGUUUCAGGUAGGCUUGGGAUAAAAGCUGUGCUUUAUUGUACCAUUAGUCCAGCUACCGUUGGUUACCUGAUGAGCCCUGAAAGAAAUCUUUUGGAGAAAAGUCGGACGGGAGAUGAUUUGACGAAACCUCCGGCGAGUUUCCCUCCGUCGUCGAUAAAGCUGCGUGCCCAUGAAGCUCGAACGCUAGCGGCCACAGCUGAAAACGAAUAUGGCAGCGGCAUAACAUUCAUGGAACGCCAAAUGCUUUCUUUCAAUGGAUCUGAUGUCAUCAGUUUCAAAACUUGCAGAGAGAUGGAAGGCCCUUUUUGUCAAUAUGUUGAAAAGCAAUUCGGCAAGCCAGUGAUUUUGGCAGGUCCUGUUGUGCCAGAACCUCCGGAUUCUGUAUUAGAUGAACACAUUGCAGAAUUCUUGGAUGGAUUUGAACCUGGAACUGUUGUGUUCUGUGCUUUUGGCAGUGAAUGCAUUCUUGCAAAAGACCAGUUUCAAGAGCUGGUAUUAGGUCUAGAACUCACAGGCUUGCCAUUUCUGGCAGCCCUGAAAGCACCAAUCGGAGCUGAAACGAUAGAGUCAGCAUUGCCAGAAGGGUUUUCAGAGAGAACCAAAGGAAGAGGAUGGGUUUAUGGGAGUUGGAUUCAGCAACAGCUGAUCUUAAAACACCCAUCUGUGGGAUGUUUUGUGACUCAUUGUGGAUCUGGAUCGCUAUCAGAAGCCAUGGUAAAAGAGUGUCAAUUGGUAUUGCUGCCAUAUGCAGGAGAUCAAAUCAUUAACGCAAGAUUGAUGGGUGGAGAUCUGAAAGUUGGGGUGGAGGUGGAGAAAGGAGAAGAAGAUGGCUUGUUUACAAGAGAUGGUGUGUGGAAAGCUGUGAAAGCUGUAACAGAUGAUGAUAGUGAGAUAGCGAAAGAGGUGAGAAGAAAUCAUACAAAAUGGAGAGAAUUUUUAUCAAGCGACAAGCUUGAAGACUCUUACAUUGAUAGCUUUAUCCAGAACUUGCAUGCUUUGUUAGAUUGAAUGAAGAUCAUUGAACCCUUAUAUGAAAUCUGCAUUAUCUGGAAUUUGGUUUAUUCAGAGGUUCCUGUGGGUGCGCCUAUCUUAUGUAUUUUACUAAAAAAAGAAAAGAAGAUUUGUGUAUUUUCAAAUUAUCAGAAUUUGGGAUUUAAGAUUAUGCCUUAUUUUAAGAAUUUGCUCUAAUGUAAUGAUAUUUUUUUAGAAGGUUGGCUAUGAAUUUCAAUUUCUUUA